GAAUCUCUACCAUCAAACUUUCAUCCAAAUGAUUUUGCUCUCCUAAAAUUGAGCAAUAGUAACAUAAAACUACUUUGGAAAGGAAACAUGGGUGUGUAAGACUUGAGAGUCUUCCUGGGGACAUUCAUAAGUUGAAACACCUUUUAACUCUUCGUUGCAGUGGCUGUUCAAAACUAACUAGUUUUCCAAAAAUCAAGCGCAGUAUUGGAAAACUAGAGAAUCUUAGUUUAGAUAAAACAGCUAUAAAAGAGCUACCAUCAUCGAUUGAACUUCUAGAAGGUCUUCGCAACUUGAAUUUGGAUAAUUGUAAAAACCUUGAGGGUCUCCCGAACAGCAUUUGUAAUUUGAGAUUUCUUAAAGUUCUAGAUCUUGAAGGCUGCUCAAAACUUGACAGAUUGCCGGAGGACUUGGAGAGAACGCCAUGUCUAGAGUUUCUUAAUUUAAAUUCGCUCAGUUGUCAAUUUCCUUCUUUGUCAGGUUUAUCUCUCUUAAAGGAACUACAUUUAGAUCAAUGCAAUCUAACACCAGGAGUAAUAAAGAGUGAUAACUGCUUGAACGCAUUGAAAGAAUUAAGUCUAAGAAACUGCAAUCUAAAUGGAGGAGUCUUCCAUUGUAUUUUCCAUCUAUCCUCACUGGAAGUAUUAAAUCUAAGUCGGUGCAAUCCAGAGGAAGGAGGAACCCUCAGUGACAUACUUGUGGGUAUCAGUCAACUCUCUAACCUUAGAGCCCUUGACUUGAGUCGCUGCAAGAACCUGUCACAAAUUCCAGAGCUUCCUUCAAGUCUGUGACUGUUAGAUGUGCACAGCUCAGUUGGGACCUCAUUGCCACCGAUGCAUUCUCUGGUGAAUUGCCUCAAAUCAGCAAAUCAGGAUUUGAAACAGGAAAAGAGUUCAAAUGGAGUAUUUCUCGCUAAUUCCAACUACAUUGGCCAUGGAAUCUGUAUUGUUGUUCCGGGAAGCAGUGGAAUUCCCAAGUGGAUAAGGAAUCUAAGAGAGGGAUUAGGCAUCACAAUGGAGCUUCCCUAGAUUGUUAUGAAAAUAAUAAAUUAUUGGGAUUUGCUAUAUGCUUUGUUUAUGCUCCACUCGAUGAAUGUGAGGACAUACCAGAAAAUGAUUUGGCACAUACAUCCGAGAAUGAAUCUGGUGACGAAGCCCUACAUGAAUAUGAUGAUUUACUUGAAGCUGAAUCUUCAAUCUCCACUGAGUUAAAAUGUCAAUUGUCAUUGAGGGAAGUACAUGGAUUUUCUUUCCUGUGUGUGCGACAUCUCAGUUUUCGCACUACUUGUAAAUGCUACCAUAAUGGAGGUGUAUCAGAACAAAUGUGGGUGAUAUUCUAUCCCAAGGCUGCUAUUCUGGAGAGCUGUCACACCAAUCGAUACACGUGUCUUAAGGCUCAAUUUGUGGGCACUCGCAAUCAUUUUAAGGUUCUCAAGUGUGGGCUCCAACCUAUAUACGCCCAAGAUCCAAUAGUACACACUGAGGAUGUGGAUGCUAGCUGCUUGGCAUGUCAGAGGAACGUGGAACACCAAAAGCUUUGUGUAAGGGGUCAGACAAUCAGCCUACUACCCAUUGAGCGUGCCUCUGAAUUUGAUACCUUAUGUUUGCGAGAGUGCAAAAACCUUGAGAGUCUGCCAACAAGCAUUUGGGAGUUCAAAUCCCUAAAAUCUCUCUUUUGCUCUAACUGUUCACAAUUACAGUACUUUCCAGAAAUCUUGGAGAAUAAGGAAAACUUAAGGGAGCUUCACUUGAAUGAAACGGCUAUAAAAGAGCUACCAUCAUCAAUCGAACAUUUGAAUAGGCUUGAAGUUUUGAAUCUGGACGGCUGCAAAAACCUUGUGACUCUUCCAGAAAGCAUUUGUAAUUUAUGCUUUCUUGAAGUUCUCGAUGUCAGUUACUGUUCAAAACUCCACAAAUUGCCACAAAACCUGGGGAGGCUGCAAAGCUUGAAGCAUCUCCGUGCUUGUGGCUUAAAUUCAACAUGUUGCCAAUUGCUUUCUUUGUCAGGUUUAUGCUCCUUAGAGACAUUAAAUCUAUCUAGGUCAAAGCUAAUGCAAGGAGAAAUCCUGAGUGAUAUUUGCGGCUUAUACUCGUUGGAAGUGUUAGAUCUGUCUUUCUGCAGUAUAGAUGAAGGAGGAAUCCCCACUGAAAUUUGCCACCUAUCAUCUCUGCGACAAUUACUUCUAACCGGGAAUCUUUUAGGAGCAUACCUGAUGGGGUCAAUCAACUUUCUAUGCUGAGACUCCUUUACUUGGGUCACUGUCAAGAGCUUCGACAAAUUCCAGCGCUUCCAUCCAGUUUGCGUGUCUUAGAUGUACAUGGGUGCACACGGCUGGAAACUUCUUCAGGUCUACUCUGGUCUUCUCUAUUCAACUGCUUCAAAUCAGUGAUUCAGGAUUUUGAAUGCGAGAUUUAUCCUAGAGUAAAUCUUAUUAUUUCAGUAAGUUGUGGAAUUCCAAAAUGGAUAAGCCAUCACAAAAAGGGCGCUAAAGUAGUAGCAAAGCUUCCUCAAAAUUGGUAUAAAAAUAACGACUUGUUGGGUUUUGUUUUGUACUGUGUCCAUGAUCCACUUGAUAAUGAAUCUGAGGAGACACUGGAGAAUGAUGCAACUUACUUCCAGUAUGGUUUGACUUUGCGUGGUCAUGAAAUUCAGUUUGUGGAUGAACUCCGGUUUUAUCCCUCGUGUCACUGCUAUGGUGUUGUACCAAAAAUGUGGAUGACUUAUUAUCCCAAGGUGGAGAUUGUGAAGAACUACCCCUCAAAUAAAGGGAGGCAGUUGACAGCUUCAUUUUGUGGCUACUUGAAAGGUAAAGCAUUGAAAGUGGAAGAGUGUGGGAUCCAUCUUAUAUAUGCCCAUGAUCAUGAACAGAACCAUGGUAAAGCAAUGAUACCCACUAUUUGCUGGCAAUGUCAACAGGACGUGCAAUCCCGACGAAAGCUUUGUUUAAAGGGAAAUGUUAUCAAUGAACUACCCACUAUUGGGUGUCCCUUAGAACUUGAUAGCUUAUGUUUGCGGGAAUGCAAAAACCUUGAGCGUCUGCCCAGUAGCAUAUGUGAGUUGAAAUCCCUUACAACUCUCUUCUGCUCAGGCUGUUCACGAUUAAGGAGCUUUCCGGAAAUCCUUGAGGAUGUCGAAAAUUUAAGAGAGCUUCAUUUAGAUGGAACUGCUAUAGAAGGACUACCAGCAUCAAUUCAAUAUUUAAGAGGGCUUCAAUAUUUGAAUCUUGCAGAUUGCAGCAACCUUGUGAGUCUUCCAGAAAGCAUUUGUAAUUUGAGUUCUCUCAAAAUUCUAAAUGUCAGUUUCUGUACAAAACUUGAGAAAUUUCCCGAGAACCUGAGGAGUUUGCAAUGUUUAGAGGGUUUGCACGCUUCAGGUCUAAAUCUAAGUAUGGACUGUUUUAGUAUCAUACUUGCAGGCAUCAUUCAACUUUCUAAACUGAGAGUCCUUGAAUUGAGUCACUGCCAGCGGCUUCUACAAGUUCCAGAGCUUCCACCAAGUUUACGAGUUCUAGAUGUCCACAGUUGCACAUGCUUGGAAACUUUAUCAAGUCCAUCGAGUCUACUUGGUGUUUCUCUGUUCAAAUGCUUUAAAUCAACAAUUGAGGAAUUUGAAUGCGGCUUCUAUUGGAACAAGGCAAUCAGAGUUGUAAUUUCGGGAAAUAAUGGAAUUCCAAAGUGGAUAAGCCAGCAAAAAAAAGGAUCUCAAAUAACAAUAGAGCUUCCUAUGGAUUGGUACAGGAAAGAUGACUUCUUAGGAUUUGCUUUAUACUCUGUUUUUAUUCCUAUUGCUUGUGAUGGGUUGAAUUGCGAACUCAAUAUAUGUGGUGAUCAAUCUGAAUGCUGUCACGUGGAUGAUGUCCGGUUUUAUUGCUGCCCAAUUUGCCGUGAAUCGAGUCAAAUGUGUGUGACUUAUUAUCCCAAGGCUGCUAUUGACAACCAGUAUUGGUCAAACGAAUGGAGACGUUUGAAGGCUUCAUUUCAUAGCUUGAAUGCACCAGUCGAAGUGAAAGAGUGUGGGUUCUAUCUUAUAUAUACACGUGAUGUUAUCAAUAGAAACAUCCCAGAAGAUACCAGUACUGAUGCUCAGAGAAGCUGUGACAACACAGAAGCCACCAAGCGCGACCAUCAGACAAUGAUAAGAGUACAAUGAUGAGCAGAGAAGUUGUGAUACCAGAUCAGCAGCAGAAGAUACUAAUUCUAACACACAAACAAGCUAUGACUGUACACAGUGCACUGAGCAUAGCUUGAAUGCACCAUUAUAACUUUUCUCAUUCAUUUUAGAAAAAUUAUGCAA